UCUGAGAGCAGCCACUGGUCGCCUCCACGAGCUGUGCGGGCCCCUCGGCCGACCCUUCUUGGGGCCCUGGUCGCCUCUCAGCCCCUGCUGAGGCCAUGGCUGCGCGGGGUCAGCGCAUUCUCAAAGGAUGCUGGGGCGGGGAGGAGUGAGACGGGCCUCAAGGGACUGGACAGGUGGACCCUUCGCUGACCGGGAAAACUGGCCGGGAAGCGAGGGUUGCAGUGGACAGGGCGACUGGCGACCGCUCGCCGCACCCUCAGCUGAAACUACAAGCCCCAGAAGACUUUGCGCCAGGGAGCAUUGGCCCCGACCUCAGAGGCGGAAACCAUUGUUGCCUGGCAACAGCAAACUCGUCAGGUGGCGGCAGCAGGCGGCCAAAAACUGCUCUGCCCAAGGACGUCUUGAGGGAAAUGCGCUGAAGCUAGACCUGCUGACCUCGGACCCGGACCUGGACGCCACACCACCUCGUGGUCCCCGCAUCCGUCCUGGAGCUGAAAAGAUCUUGGAGCGUGGCCGGCGCGGCAUGGGGGUCAUGCUGAUGCAACUUGGGGGUAUCUCCUUAGGCCCAGGGGCCUCUCCCAAGAGGAAAGACCCUAAAGAUCAUGAGAAGGAGAAUCUGAGGCGUAUCAAGGAGAUCCAGAGGCGCUUCCGCGAGCAGGAGCACAGCCGGGAACAGGGCCGGUCCAGACCCCUGAAGGCUCUGUGGCACUCGCCAAAGUAUGACAAAGUGGAGUCCCGGGUCAAGGCCCAGCUGCAGGAGCCUGGCCCUACCUCUGGGACAGAGCCUGCCCACUUCCUGCGGGCGCACUCCCGCUGUGGCCCUGGGCUCCCACCACCCCGUGUCUCCAGUCCCCAGCUAACCCAACCAGGCCCCAAUGCCAAGGGGCCAGUCCUGGGUGUGGAUUUCAUUGGCCACAAUGCCCGCACUGCCAAGAGGGCCCCCCGGCGGCAUUCCCGUUCACUUCAGAUCCUGGCACAGGUGCUGGAGCAGCAACGGCAAGCUCAGGAGCACUACAAUGCCACACAGAAGGGCCACGUGCCUCAUUACUUAUUGGAGCGCAGGGAUCUGUGGCAGCGGGAGGCUGAGGCCCGCCAACAUAGCCAGCCAGAUCCUGCCAUGCCUCCUGGCCACACUCGCAUGCCUGAGAACCAGCGGCUGGAGACACUGAGCAAUCUGCUCCAGAGCCAGAGCCAGCUGCUGCGUGAACUGGUGCUGCUGCCUGCUGGGGCAGACUCACUGAGGGCCCGGGGCCACCGUGCUGAGCUGGACCGGAAGCUGGUGCAAGUAGAGGAGGCCAUCAAGAUCUUCUCUCGCCCCAAGGUCUUUGUGAAGAUGGAUGCUUGAGCCCUUUUAUAGGGGUAGUGAGGGGUGUCCUCCCUAAGGAUCACUGCAUAGUUGCAAAGGAUAAGGUCAGGCCCCAUUAUAGAGAGUCUGAAGACAGGAACAGUGAGGGGAGCAAUAUCCCCAGAGCACUCUUCCUAGCCACUGGCAGCUGCAGAAGGGCCAUCCCAGUCUCUUAACCCCUUUGUCAAAAUUAAACCUUUUGUACACAGUGGA